AUGGUGCUCGGGGGCUGGUGGCGGGCGGCGCGGGCCCUGCGGGCGGCAGCGCCCGGUCGCAGCUGCCGCAGCCUGUGCGCCGGCGAGGCGCCCAGUCUCUCCUACCGGGAGCUCAAAGACUUGAAGAAGACCAACGUGCUCCACAUUGACGUGCGGGAGAGGUGGGAGAUCGACAGGUUUGGAAAAAUCCCCGAGUCCAUCAACAUCCCGCUGGGUGAAUUAGUGGAAGCUCUACAAAUGGACCCAGUGGAGUUCAAGGAGCAUUACAAUCAGAAGAUGCCAUCCAAGUCGGACCCUGUGGUUUUUUCCUGUUUGGCAGGAACAAGAAGUAAACAAGCACUUGGUUUUGCCAUGUCCUUGGGUUUCAGCAGAGUUCAGCAGUAUGCUGGUGGCUUUGAGGACUGGGUAAAACAUGAACCGCCAGAAAGGAAAUGAAGAUGACUGCUCCAGCCCUUACUCCAUCAAGGCUUCAGGAUGGUUUGUAGGUUUUAAGCAUUUAACUGUGUGCAUUCCACUUCCAGAAUAAAGCUCACUCCUGUCUUCUUGUGUAAAUGGACAUUCACCUUCAAAUGGCCAUGCAUAUCAACUGUUUGGUUUAAAUUAUACCUAAAGACUAGGACAUGAACAGCCUUUACUUUGGCCUAUGUUUUUGGUGAGUGCAUGUGAAGAGAAUCUAAGUGCUUAUUAUGUUUACUUUUUUUUUGUAUGAUGGAGUUUGUGACCGUUUAAGCUAAUGAUGAUAGGACAAAUAAAAUUAUUUCCCAAA